CCGUACUCAAUUCUCAAUCUCCCGAACUUCAAAUCACAAUACUCAUCACCUACCAUCAUCAUGCCUAAGGAGAAGACCGCAAAGCGUGCCACCAAGGCCAGAACCGAGAAGAAGAAGAAGGAUCCCAAUGCCCCCAAGCGUGGUCUUUCUGCCUACAUGUUCUUCGCCAACGAGCAAAGAGAGAACGUCCGUGACGAGAACCCUGGUAUCACCUUCGGCCAAGUCGGCAAGGUUCUCGGCGAGCGCUGGAAGGCUCUCAAUGACAAGCAGCGCGCCCCGUAUGAGGCCAAGGCUGCUCAGGAUAAGAAGCGAUACGAGGAUGAGAAGGCGAGCUAUAACGCCGACGCAGAGGAGGAGGAAUCUUCUUAAAUUCUUCUCAUCGCUUCUCACCACCACCGAUCUCUGUUCCGACGGUACACAGUCCUAGUUUCUGCUAGCUCUGCAUCUUGAUGGAACAUGUUGUCCUGGACUUCUCGGGGG